AUGACCGAACGGGAGCUCGUGCCGAGAGACCGGCGAGAGGCGCGCUCAGGUGAAACCGUGAACCCCACUGACAGUCUGCAGUGUCGGCACUCUCUGCCCCUUCCCCACUCCAUCGAAGCGCUCGACCUAUCCUUCACAUCCCCAGCACCCACCUUCGCGUCCAUUCGUGUCCUUGUUCUCUCUUAUCUUGCUGACCUCGAGACUCGGCUGUCUCAGAUCGACUCGCCCUUGUGCGACCUCGGGUUUGCCGAGAGCCUGAAAUCCAAGGGAGAACUCACCGUAGAGGAUGCCCGAGCAUGGGCGCGCGACGGCCUCGAGAUGCUGAACAAAAUACGCAUUGACGUAUGUUCUCACCUCCCAGAUAUCAACAUCGAUUCAGCCUCUGCGUCCGUCGAGAACUACGUCUCGUCCCAUCUCCCAGAAUUUCCCGACGUCCCUAGCUUCAAGCACGUCACGUCGCGUCUCCCAGACAUUCCUGACGUCCGAUCCCGCCUCCCCCAACUCGACCUCUACGAUGUCCGUUUCUCGUUAGACGACGUCCGUUCCCGUUUUCAUGAUAUAGACCUACACCAGCCAAUGCACUAUAUUCCUACGCUAUCCAGUCACUUGCAAUCUUUGCACGUUCACCUUGCGUCUAUUCAGCUUUCAUCCAGCAUCGCUCUUCAUUCUUUUGCCCCCAACGGCAAGCUCUCCGAGUUUAUCGACAAGGUUCGGUCGGAUAUCCGCCCCUCUGUAGAGAAGGCAGAAGAUAAGCUCGGAAGAGCUGCCCGAGAUGUGACGAUGGCCGUCAAGCGGUCUGUGCAUGGUGCACGACUUAUUAAUUACGCUGAUCUGCCUGAGCAGUGGCGCAACAACCCGUUCGUUACACACGGCUAUCGCUUUAUUCCCAUCAACAAAUGGCCACUCAUUAUCAUGUCCAUCUUUGCUCUGCACAAUGAAACUCUCAACAUCCACACGCAUCUGAUCCCAUUUGUAUUAUGGACUGUUAACCUUAUACCCUCACUGCGCGCCUCGUCUAUAUCCUCCGAUGCUCCCUUGCUUGCUUUCACCGCAUUCGCACUCCUGUGUCUUCUUAGUAGCGUUCUCUGGCACACCAUGGCGGGAUGUGCACACCACAGAGGUAUGGAAUUGUGCGCCAAGAUUGACUACGUUGGCAUAGGAUGGUUGAUCAGCGCCAGCGUUGGGUCCGUCGUUUACUACGGUUUCCAGUGCCAUACCAACCCGCGCACGUUGUUCCUGAGCCUUUGCUUCAUCACGGGGCUUGCCGGCAGCGUACUCCCCUUCAUGGACUGGUUCAACAAACCAAAGCACAAGAAAUGGCGAAUUGUGUUCUUCCUUUCCCUCGCGUUCACUGCUCUAGCCCCCCUCACACACCUCUCUGUCAUCCACUCCGCGCGACAAGUAUUCGCCUUCGUCCGACCUGUCACGCCCUCGGUCCUCUCCUACAUCGCCGGGCUCGUCUUCUACGCGACCAACUUCCCCGAGUGCGCGCUCCCCGCGCGCUGGGCCCCCCGCGCGGCGUGGCUCGGCGGCGGCUCGCACGCGAUCUGGCACGCGUUCAUCGUGCUCGCCAUCAGCCAGCACCGCGCCGCGCUCGGGCUCCUCAAGUACGGGAUCGGCGGCGUCGAGCCGGGCGCCGCCAUGUGCUGGUCGUGAGCCGCGUCUCCUACGAAUCGUAUAUGUUCGUAUAUAUCUCGUGGACAUGCGCUCGGUUCGAACCGGGUCGCGCUCGGGCUGCCCCGCGCGCGAUCCAGUCUCGGUGCCCGUGAACUCUGUGUAGUUGUCGUGCUAGAUUUUUCUUAUUUUUACCACGGGGAGGGGUGUACACACCAUGUUUUUAUUGUGCAUUUAUCUCAAGAUUAUCUGCGUC